GUUCUUGGUCUACUUAUUUCCGUCAUAGAUACUCUCCUUUCCAGCGCUAAUAUCUAUUAAGCCUACUAGUAACUAUCACACCAUUCAAUGUCGGUUAAGAGUGUAAUACGGUGCAUAUCGUCAAAGUAAGAUCGGUGUUGAUCGGUUUGAGUACACAACAUGAUGAUAUAGAUAGACUAUAGACUAUAGAAAAUUGAGCUACAGUUACACUAAUUAUAUAAGUCUAUAAUUCAGUUCCUCAUCGUCGUAUUUACUUGCAGUAGAAUUCUAGUUGUAGCUGUAUUGUAAGCUGUUGUUGUGCAUGCCAUUACAAAAAAAUCAGAAUAGUGAUCGUGUAAAGUAGCUGCUGUACUGUAAUUUAUAAUGGUAAUUCACGAUUCCAUCCAUAUUCAUAUCCAUUACAGUUACAGCUGGUGCCCAGUUCGUCUCUCAGUAGUUAUUCAGAUACUCAAGGGCCCAAGCAUGAUGCUGGUAGCUGGUGGACUAUCAAAAUAUUACUAUACUUAUAGAUAGGCUAAUUGUAUAAAUAUUUAUUUUUUUUUAUUUUUGCUAAUAUGACUAAUGAUAACUAACCAGUUAGUAAAUAGGAAGUCUGCAGGUCAGCUGUUUACUUUAGUCUAUUUUUAAAAGUAACUUUCACUUUCAAAUAUUUGUUGUAUGCUAUUACUAUUGAAGAAACUGGUAAGCCCUAUCUGGCCUAGUCCUAGUGAUUGAGUGUCUAGUCAACAUAGCCUAAUUAUUAUUAUUUGAACUGAUUAUACUAUAAUUUAUAGCCCUUUUUAAAUUGAAUUUGAAUACUUUUGACAAAUUAGGCUUCUGGUUAUGGAUUAUUAAUAAUAAUAAUAACAUGCUACAUUUUGAAAAUAGAUGACACUUAAAAAUAGAAUAAGAGUAAGAGCCAGUCAAAUUAGUUUUGUUGUUUUAAUGUUCAUAUUUCAUGGAAAUUGAAUUUUGUACUUUCUGGAGGCUUUUCUAGAUAUUUCCAUCUCAAUUUCUUUUGUAAGAUUAGACCGCUGUAUUCACUGUGGAUCAAACCAUGUGUACUCUCACUGAAAUGGCCAUGCCCCUCAUUAAAAAGGGCAUCACUUCAACAGUACUACUAGAUGAAAGUGUAUGGAGAGCCUUUAUGAUAAACAGCAAUAUAGGCCAUCAUGGAAAGUUAUCAAAAAAUCUAUUGGUAACUGCUAACUGUGACCAUCACCGUCAUUGUUGGGGUAGUAGGAAAUUCUGCUCAACAUUGGCUCCUGCUAAAAUUUUGCCCACAACGUCAGGAGAUAUUAACACACCUUUGAAGGUAAAAUAAAACUUUAAGUUAUAAAUCAAUGAAUGAAUAUAACCCCCUAUUGCCUAUUAUCCUAAUAUUUAUAAUUUAAACUUGAAAUGUUUUUUCUUUAAACUUAAACACUAAAAAUUUCUUAAUAUUAUUAUUUGUAAAAAAAAAAACAUAGGCCUAUACCUUGAUUCUUAUUUUGGUAACAAUUUAGCUCUACUUUAAGAUUUAUAAAAUAUUUUAUUAUUUCACAGCCAAAAUAUUACUGAAAAAAUGCCUUUGAAUUCUUUUUAAAAUUUUAAAAUUUGAUUAUUAUUAUGCUUAAUUGCAUGAAAUAGACUUAUAAAAGUAUAAUUCAUUAUGAAUGGAUGGAAUUUUGUAAUCAUCUCAUAUUUGCUCUUCCUUUUAAAAUUUUAACAGCAAAGAGUUAAAGACAGAGUUGCCACGUUUGACCAUCCAUUUGCAGACUUCUUAACAGACACAUUUGGCAGACAGCACACUUAUCUACGUAUUUCUUUAACAGAGCGCUGCAAUCUUAGAUGUAAAUUAUUACUUUUAAAUUCAUAAAAAUUUUUUUAAUAGUUAGCUGUUUCUUACAGAAAAUUGAAUAUGUUUUCUAACAAAACAAUAUUGAAUCUGUUAAGUACAUAAAAGUCUCUGACCUUACUUAAAGGGGAAGGUUCCCCUUAAAUCCACUCUUGCCAAAAUCAAUCCUCCCUAACCACCUACUCCUGCCUAACACAUUCCUGCCUAACCCAAAUCCUUCCUAAUCUACUCCUGCCUAACACAUGCCUGCCUAGCCCAAAUCCUUCCUAACCUACUCCUGCCCAACACAUGCCUGCCUAACCCAAAUCCUUCCUAACCUACUUCUGCCUACCCCUUGCCUGCUUAACACAAUCCUUCCUAACCCAUUCCUGCCUAACCAACUCUUGUCCUAUCUAAAAUGAAUUUUAUUAUAACUUUUCUCUUUGCAAUAGUGGAGACAAUAGGAUAUAAAUGGUGGAGUCUUGGAUCAGCAUGAACAAUCUAUUUAUGUAAGCUAUACAUCAUCCAAAGUAAAGGGGAAUGAGGAACUGUUUUAAUUAUGUAUUCUCGUGUUUGUAUAACUUAUUCUAGGCCAGUACUGCAUGCCAGAAGAGGGUGUUCAGCUGUCCCCCAAGGAUCAUAUUCUCAGUACUGAAGAGAUUCUCAAGUUAUCUCAGCUCUUUGUGUCCCAGGGAGUCAAUAAAAUACGCCUGACUGGUGGGGAACCUUUGGUUCGACCAGAUAUACAAAAGAUCAUUGGUAAGUUUAACAUGCAGAACAUUCAGUUUGACUUAACAUUAAUGACAUACAGUUGAUAGGUUUUGAAUAGAAACAUAGACCUGACACACAACAAAUCAUUUGAUGGUAUAAAAAAAAAGAACAUUAUUUUUCUCAUUACUUGGUGACUCAUGCAUUCAUCCCAACAAGGAGAUUUUUCAAUAAAUUAUGGAAAAAAAUUUCAAACUUUUAGUUAACUUUAAGAUUAAUAAAAUUUUCACAAUUCUGAAAUUUAAGAUACUGACAAAGUUGGAGUUGUAUGAUACUUGCAUACAGGCAGGUAUUGAUAUGGUUUAAAAAAAUUAAAAAAAUGUUUAAUACUUUCUCAUUAUGGUUCAUACCCAGUAUUCUAUUUUAUAAUUCUGCAAUUAAUAGCUAACAAUUGCAUGUAGUCCUAAAAAAGUUAAGCUAAUAACUAAACGUUUUACAUUUUUUAAUUUUACAGAAGGUCUAAAUGAGUUCCGUGGCCUUGGUCUUAAACAUAUUGGCAUCACAACCAAUGCCAUAACAUUAGCAAGAAAACUUCCUGACCUGAAAGCUGCAGGUCUUGACCAGAUCAAUUUGAGUCUUGAUACACUUGUGCCUGCCAAGUUUGAGUUCAUCACAAGAAGACGAGGCUUUGAUAAAGUCAUGAGAAGCAUUGACAAGGCCUUGGAGUUAGGAUAUAAUCCUUUAAAGGUACACUGCAACCAACAAUAAUUUUUACUUUUAACUUGAUAAAGAAAUAAAGAUACAUUUUGACAUAACUUAAACCAUCAAAUCCUAGCUGUCUGAUGUGUUCUGUAGACAGGAAGUAAUUAUACAGUGGUUGAAAUCUGAUCAAAUCCUAUAUGUCUGAUGUGUUCAGUAUUAAGGAAGUAAUUACACAGUGAUUGAUAUCUGAUCAAAUCCUAGCUGUCUGAUGUGUUCAGUAUGGAAGUAAUUACACAGUGCUUGAAAUCUGAGCAAAUCCUAUAUGUCUGAUGUGUUUAGUAUUACGGAAGUAAUUACACAGUGCUUGAAAUCUGAUCAAAUCCUAUAUGUCUGAUGUGUUCAGUAUUAAGGAAGUAACUACACAGUGGUUAAAAUCUGCAGGUAAUAAAUAGAAUAAAUGUGCAAUGGAUGCAAUUGGAAAAAUUUAUGCUUUGCAUUGGUGUUACUCAACUUUUAAAAAAUCCAGAUAAAAAAGCUCUUCUUUUUAUUUACAUAAAAUCUUUUAUUGAAAGUUUUUUGUGGCCCCCCCCCCUUUUUUUUCCCCCCAGGAAAAAAAAUUCAUAUGGCCCACAUUGAGAACCUCUGAUUUAAAGUAUUUUUUAGUGGUGCGUUACUUGCUAAGUUUUUCUCUCACCAGAUCAACUGUGUAGUGAUGCGUGCAAUCAAUGAUGAUGAGAUUUGUGAUUUUGUGGCCUUUACUGAACACAAGGUAGUGUAUAACUUAUGUCCAACAGUUUAUUUUUGAAUAACAUGAAAGUCUUAUAUGCCACUUUCAAUGACUACAAGAUGAUGAAUAAACUAUGCCCAACAGUUUUACGUUAUUAAUUUGAAAGUCUUUGAUGCCAACUUAACUGUUUCAUGACAGAAAUCACAAAGUAUAAUCUUUAGUGAAAGUCUAACAUCGAAAAGCUUAUUUUGUUACAAGUGAUUUUUUUGUAUUGUUUUGAAAAGUGGUUUUGAGGCACGCUGAAUAAGACCUGGUGGGUGGCACAUGGCCAACAUUUUAAACUCUUAAUGUCAUAUGGUUGUAACAUGAAUAAUGGAUGUGGGUAUGUUUAGCUUAUCAGUUGUGAUGAAAUAAGACAGUGCAUAUUUUGACAAUUAACAAAUUUUAGAACAAAAUAUUUUUUUUUUACUAAUCUUGAAGCUAAAUUUUAUUUUAUGAUGUGUUUAUGAUAUUAAUGGCAGAUCUUCCCAAGAAAAUCUAUGUGUAUUAAUAGAAAAAAAAACUCACCUUACAAUAGUUAACCCAGAAAAUAAAGGCAUAAUUAUUUUACUUUUUACCACUAACAGCCAGUGGAUGUGAGAUUUAUAGAAUACAUGCCCUUCGGUGGCAACAAGUGGAACACAAAGAAAUUUGUUUCCUAUCAAGAAAUGCUUGAGAAGAUCCACCAGCGUUGGCCUGCACUGGUCAAGUUGUCUGACAAGGAAAAUGACACGUCUAAGGUUGGGCAAGGAAGCAUUGCUAUUAAAGCAGCUCACAUAAUAUACUGUUGUUAUUUAGACAAAUUGUUUGUGCCUCAGUAAUUAUUAAUCUAUUUAUCUGUAGCACCAUAUUACUCCACUAGAUUGAAUAAAUCGUUCAUCUUAUCUUAACUACUUGACUCAGAAGUAAGCAGCAUAGUCUAAGACAAAUCCUAAAUUAACUAACAACAUAGUCAUUAGUCAUAGAUAUGUAAAGAUAGAUGUGCUUUUAUAUUCCUGGUGCAGCUUGCAAUUUUUGGAUACAAAUUUAAAAUAUAACAUUGGAACUGUUGGUGGCUUACAGCAGCCAUGAGGAACUAGUUUGAUAUGGGCAACAUACAGAAAAAGAAGUUCAUGAAUAGAGUCGGAAAGAUAAAAAUGAUUUUUAAGUCUACAUGAUUUCUCUCUCCCCCCCCCACCCCCCCCCCGCAGGCUUACAAGGUUCCUGGUUUUGCUGGUCAGGUAGGAUUCAUUACUUCCAUGAGUGAGCAUUUUUGUGGCACAUGCAACAGACUGAGGAUAACAGCUGAUGGCAACUUGAAGGUCAGUGUUUACACUGGUAGGAUAUUCUCUUUUUAAUAACAUGCAGGUUUAUCCUACAACAAGUAGGAAGUUAAGUCACUAUACCUGCGUUUGAAAGGGGGAGGGGGUCGCCAAAUGCUGUCUAGGACUGGAUAAUAAAUUUGAAAAUUAUCUUGGUAUGGAAUGAGGAAAAAUCUAAAUGAUUGGCUCCCUCUGUUUGCUUGUUUCAUACAAAUCAUGAGCUAUAUUGUAAUGUCCUAAAUGGUAAAGCCAUGACCACUUUUGUUAUGCUCUGUAUCACUUUUAUGAGCUGUAUUCAACCCUGUGUCACUAGGUGUGUCUCCAUGGCAACUCCGAGGUUUCGCUGCGUGAUGCAAUGAGACAGGGCCUGCCAGAGGAUGAGUUGUUAGAGGUAGUGUCAGCAGCUGUCAAAAGGAAGAAGAAACAACAUGCAGGUAAGGAUUAUCUAAAUAUUCCAGUUGAACUCAUCUUAUCUGCAUAUCCCAGAUGAACUCAUCUUGGCUUCAUAUCACAGUUAAAUUCAUCUUAUCUACCUAUCCUGGUUGCACUCAUCUUAACUGCAUAUCCCGGUUGUACUCAUCUAUCUGCAUAUCCCAGAUGAAAUCAUCUUGUAUUCAUAUCACAGUUGAAUUUCUUAUUUGCACAUCCCAAUUGAACUAAUCUUUCCAGCUGUUUUCAAUUGUAUCUGUUUCUUCUUUAAUCAACUGAAAGGACAGACAAGUACAAAUCAAAAUAAGGACACAAGAAAAUACCAAUUACUUUAUGUUUUUGACUUUGCUGCAGGUAUGACAAAUUUAUCCAAGAUGGAAAACCGUCCAAUGAUUCUUAUUGGUGGGUGAAAUCAACAUUUACAUGUCUUCUGUAAGUUGUAAUAAUGAAUUAAAACCGAAUGGCAGAAAAUGGCCUGGCAAAAUAAACUUCUUACUUCACAAAAAAUAUGUCAACAAGUACAAAGAGGGUGUCCUAAUUAAACCUGAUAUUUACCUUCACAAAUAGUCUAAAAUGAGGGUAAAAUGGUAUUUCUCCUAUUUGUUGAUUUGACUGUGCAUUGUGUUUGUCCAUGAGUGAAAAGCUCUUGUAGACACUUUCACGGCUUUAUUAAAUUUCAUGAUGUUUCAUCAAUAAAAAAAUAUUUUAAACAUGUUCCGUAGCUAAAUUCGUCAUCUUAUUAAUCUUAUCAAAGAAGACAGUUUAAUUGACAAUAAAGUUAUAUUUUUAGUCCUAGUAUAAUAACACCAUAAUCAUGGAUUUAACAAAUAAAUUAUUUAUAAAUUAGAAAUGUAUUUUAUAUAAAGGGAAAGAAAGUUAUAGUGUCAACAGUGUAAAAAUAAUUUCGCAGGAAAUAGUUGAUUUACAAAAAUAAAUCUCCCCUUAAAUUAUUUUUUUAGGAACCAAUUUGUUAAAGUUGCAUCACUGCUGAAAUGAUUGUAGAACUUUUAAUCCCCAGGAAACAUCACCAAAAAGCUCUUCACUGAAGGGAGGAAAAAAAAAGCUGCAGUGGCAUUAGAUAGUCGAACUCUUUUAUCUAACAAACAUUCAACAUUUGUUGAUUUAGUGACUCUUACUCUUACAAAACCAACACCUCUCAGUAGAUAUUUUACUGUCCGAUAUUUCUCAACCUCUGCUGUUCAUGAAAGCUCAAAUCGUUCAUUGAUACUUUCAAGUCCUGUUGUCAACAUGUUCAUCAGAUCCACUCUUGGGUCUUUGUUUUCUACGACUUUGUUUACACAAACCAGUGAUGUUUACUGUACAAUAAGCGAUCUUCACUGUAAACGCAAGCAUACAAAUACUCUUAACUUGAAUCAACCAGAUCAGUCUGAGAGGUCUACGUCAGACAAAGGAAGACAUUUUGAUGUGCACCAAGCUAAAUCACAUUUAAAGACCCAUUCCUGUGACAUUUCGAUUGAAUUUUGUGAUAAUUUUAACCAGACCAUUCCCAUAGCUGUCAGGAUGCAAGCAAUUCAAAAACUAGAGGACAAGUUUAAAUCUUGCUCUCAAACUUACUAUAAUUUGAUGCAUGGAGUAACCGGCCAAUCAAAAGAAGAGGUAUCUCAUUCGGACAAUGGUAGUCCAUCAGAUGAGCAAAAAUAUCUACAAAUUUACCAGAAUGUUAUGCUUGAUGGUAGGGAUUCACAUGGUGAUGAGGAAACUCUAGAAUUGUCUGUGCCUAGGCUCACUCACACAGACUCCAGUGGCAAGGCAGUCAUGGUUGACGUGGGAAGUAAACUUACAACAAUGCGUGAAGCCAGGGCUCAGGCGAUCAUUUUUCUUGGAGCAGAAGCAACAAGACUGGUGGCCGCUAACAAAAUGAAAAAAGGGGACGUCAUGACUGUUGCCCAGUUGGCGGGGAUCAUGUCAGCCAAACUGACUUCACAGCUCAUCCCCCUGUGUCAUAACAUCAACCUGACCAAAGUCGAUGUCACUUGUUCAUUGGACGAGGAGAGCCAAUCAGUUGUGAUCACAUCACUGGCGAGGACGGUCGGACAGACUGGUGUUGAAAUGGAAGCCCUGACAGCUGUCAGUGUUGCAGCCCUGACAGUGUAUGACAUGUGUAAAGCUGUGACACAUGACAUGGUCAUCAAAGAUGUCAGGCUGCUGGCAAAGUCUGGUGGGAAAAGAGAUUUUAAAAGAUGAUAACUUUGAUUUUUGUUUUGAUGUUCAGUCAUGAGGCCUACAGACCAGGAGAUUUUUGUCUAACAAAUAACUCAUAUCAAUUAUUAUAUCAGAAAAUUAAGAUUUUGUUCAGUCUAUGUAUAGGAACAAAAUCUUUUAACUCUUUUUAUGCUUUAUAUACAGGGUGGAGGAGGCAAAGCUAACACUUGGAGCUCAAAGAUGCCUCAGUGAAGCAGGCGUUAUUGUCUUUAACUUUAACUAGGUCAAAUCUUAGAUGCUCAUGGCUUUGAGUUUGUUAAUUAUAAUUAAAUGAUCAUCGGCCAGUUUUAAGCCAAUGAAAUAGCCAUGAUAGUUUAACAGCUUGACUCCACGAGUUUUCUUCUUGUGAUUGAUAUCCUGGUGUAACCACUGAUCUCAAAAAAAUUCAAUGUUGACCUGUUGGAUUACUGAUUAGAUGUUGCUGUUCCCUUGUGCAUCAGCACACAGCACACUUGUUGUGUUGAGCUGAUCAGUAAGAAAUUAAUACAUUGGUCCACAUGAUGGCAUAUUAGGGUAAUUUUAGGGUAACAGAUAUUCAUUACCCUAUUGAUGACAAGUUCAUUUGUUUAUGUUUUUCCUCCAUUUAUAUACUAAUUAGGCGAAUGAUUGUGCGAAUAAUUUGUCCAGAAUGCUCUUUGAAGUUAACAAAGUUCAACACAUUAGCCUUAAAAAUAUUAUCUGUUGCAAAGUUUCAAGAACAACCUGUAUUAUCCGUUGACCUACUAAUUACUUUUUCCUUUACAUUGAACUUUCAGUAUCAAUUGAGUCGAAGUUAUUGUUUAUUUCUCUUAAUGGUACUCUUUAAUGGUUAAUUGUAGCAAUAUUUUUGCCACAGUUGAAUAAUAAUAAUUAUUUUGCCACCCAUUUAAUGUUUAUCAUAGCAAUAUGCUUCAUUCUUGUAGCAUUUGUGAUCUAUUCCACUGUAAUCUUCUUUGACAAGAUUACCCCUUCUUAAAGAUCUACUGUGUUGUUAUAUUUUUAGAUCUACUGUGUUAAUUGUUAUAUUUUUAGAUUUAACCAUGUUCAUUGUUAUAAACCUACUGUGUUAUGUGAAAUGUUUAAUCAGAUUCAUUAAAAAAAAAUUAUAUAAUAAUUUAUGUAUGUUGAGAGGUUGACAUAAUUGUAUAUUGAAAACUUACAGACUUAUGCAGGCCUUUAUAUGGUAAAAAAAUGAACUAUCACAUGACUAUGCUAAAAUUAUGUGAUGUUUACUUACUGUAUUAAUCUUUAUGUCCAUGAGGGGGCAUUAUUUAAAAUUAAACAGAUUUAUAUGAUAAUUUAUUUUUAAAUUCACCGGUGAAUAUUAUGUAGUAUUGACUUUAUUUUCCUUGUUUAUCUUUAUAACUGCUAUAGUAAGUUGAUGAAAUCCAAUGUCAUUUUCCAUUAACCAGAGCUAGAGAGAUUGCAUUGUAUAUGCUACCAUCUUAUUAAACAUGGCUUUCAAGAAUAAUUAUAUUUUAAGUUAAAUUUUUUAUUCAAAAAUGUUUUUAAUAAUAAUAAAUUAAUUUAAAAUUGGCUUUCCUUGCUUUGUUCAAAUAAAUUAAACCUAACAUUUUCAGAGUUGCAUUGAAAAUAUAUUCUUGCCAUAGUUUUGCAUUGAUGUAGUGUGAACUACUUUGCCUGCUAAAAAAUAUUGCAUUUUUACAUUUUUAUUUCU